AUGCCGCCUUCCCGUCGCAGCAAGGGAAUCCGGGGCUGGUCCCUCGUCAUCUUCGUGCUCGCGGCGAACGUCGCGUACCAGGGAACCCGGUACCUCUGGCGACCGACGACGGGAGCUACGCCCGUGUCGGGGCACCAGCGCGAGAAGCUCGAGAUCCGUCAUCGGGACGAUCGUCGCGGAGGCGCGCUUCUCCACCACGGUCACGGCGCGAGCCACGGCCACGGGUUUCACGACGCCGGGGUUCAUCGCAACGACGAUGAUGUCGAGGUCAUCGAGGAGGUGGUGUACGAGGAUGUUGUGGUCGAGGACGAGGGGCACCACGGGUCAUCGCGCGGGGGGGCAUCGUCGGGGGGGGGCGAGGGGGGCGGGGAUCCCGAGCCGUCCGGGAUACACGUCAUGGCCACGUCCAACGGGAGCCCGUACCAGAACUGGCAGACCCGGAUCAUGUACCGCACCUUCCUCGAUGCGGCAAAGGGCAGCGACAUGAAGCACUUCACCAGGCUUCUGCACAGGCGCACGGACGACGAGCUCAUGGCGGAGGUGCCCACGGUGCGAGUCGACUCGCUGCACGCGGAGUGCGACAGGUGGUGCGAGUUCCCCGUCGCGGACAGGCCGGACGCCAUCAAGAAGUGGCUCGCGACCGCCGACAGCCGACGUGGGGAGUGGAUUCUCAUGAUCGAGAUGGACUACGUCUGGAAGAAGGCGGUGCCGAUGCCGGAGCCCGGGUCGCCAGCCGUGGCGUUUCACUUCAACUACAUCAACCCGAACUACCCGAGGCUGCCGGAGGUGAUGAGGAGCCUGAUGCCGCCGGAGAAAAGGGACGAGAUAAAGAUGGAGGACAUACCUUGCACCGGACCCGCGCCGACGAUGAUCCGCAGGGACGACCUCGUCCCGCUCAUGGACGAGUACGAGCGCAUCGCCGCGGCCAUCGAGGCGGAUCCGGUGGCGAAAAACAGGCUCGGGUGGGUCCGCGAGAUGUACGCGUACGACUUGGCGGCGGCAAUCGCCGGGGUCAUACACGUGGUGCAGGAUCCGGGAGAGACGAUCAUGAUCGCGCAGCCCCCCGCGGACGCCAAGAUGGGCAGGGCUUCGAUGUACCACUACACCUGGGGGGCGGAGUAUUUCAAGAACGGGGCAAAGGUUUGGUCGUGGGACAAGAGGCCUUACGUCGAGACCAAACACGUGCGACAGCCGGCCAAGUUCAAACCCGAGUUGCCCCCCGCGGACGGCUCCGAGGGGGUGUAUAACCUUCAGGACGGUAAAAAGGUGUCGAAGGGAACGGACGAGCUGCUGAGAGACAUGUUGACGCUGAUAAGAGGGGCCAUCGACAGGCUGGACGAGUUGCCACACCAACCGGGGUGCGCCCGGAAAGCUCUGUGA